CCCGCCAUUGACAGGUGUCUUUCAGUAUCGUGUGUGAGAUGUGAUUGCGGAGUGACAAUCCUAUUAACAUUAUAACAUCAUUUAUUUAUUAAUUAAAAAUGUUACUUAAAAUGUUCUCAUAAAUAGCAGAGUGUCCUAGUGUUUUGAUCUUAAUAAAUAAUCAAUAAUUUAAUUUAAACAAAAAAAAAAGCACUCUUCAUUAAGAUGAAAGAGUUACUUGUUACUGUUGCUAUAUUUGCAUGCUUGGCGAGUACCUCAGCUUUUUACCACAAUGCCACAGAUGACACCGUUUUGCUGCCGAUAACUAACAGCAAUGGAGAAGCAGUACUCAUAACUGAAGAUUUGAUGAGGAAGUUAGAGGAGGAACAGGAGACUUGGCAUAUCAGGCCAUGGAUACGAACAAAGACUGAAGUUUUAGACGGCGUUGUGCAAGAGGUCACGUGUUACGCGAUUGAACCUAACAGUUUUCCCGAGGGAAUAUUUGACGAUGAUCAGCUCCGGAGCGGCGCAUUUCUCCUGUACGCGCUCUUCGGAAUUUACGCGUUCACACUUCUGGCCAUUGUGUGCAAUGACUACUUCAUCCCUUGCGUCGAACUUAUCUGCGACGACCUAAAGAUACCACAGAAUGUGGCAGCGGCUACUUUCAUGUCGGUCGCGACCUCUUGCCCGGAGUUCUUCGUAAACGUAAUAUCCACGUUCUUGACAGAGUCUGAUAUGGGUAUAGGAACUAUUGUUGGAUCCGCCAUAUUUAACGCACUGGGAGUAGCUGCUGUUGGAGGCAUUGCUGCAGUCACGCCGAUAGCGAUAGAAAGUCGUCCAGUGACCAGGGACGCUAUAGUCUACAUGGUGAACGUCAGCGUUUUAGUGGUCAUAGUCUGGGACGGCCAGGUCGACUGGUACGAAGCGCUGGUCCUCGGGGUGCUGUACGUGCUUUACUUUGUGCUGAUGUUCAACAGCGUACGACUGUUCGCCGUGUACGACAGACUUGUGGCCAGGUGCUGCAAGAAAGGAAAUAAUACGGACUUUUCUGUCGAAGUGACUGAUGGUCAGCCCAUUGAAGAAGGCAACGUGAACAAAGCAUUUGAGGACCCUAUUAAACCGAAUGGAUGGUCUGAUAGCGAUAAAGUGGCUGUUGUAGAAAAAGUUGAAGAAACCGAGGUUAAAACAGAUGACAGCAUCUGGGACUUACCCAAAGGAAGGUCCGUGGCAUACAAAAUAUGGUGGUUCUACUCCUGGCCUCUGAAUUUGAUCCUUGGUAUGACUAUACCUUCGCCUGUGAAACAUAGACGGUGGUACCCAUUUGCGUUCAUCAUGUGCAUAAUCUGGAUUGGUGUGAACUCCUAUUUCGUUUCUUGGAGCAUGACAGUCAUUGGUGAAACGUUCUUGAUUCCCGAUUCCGUAAUGGGAAUGACUUUCUUGGCAUUUGGAGGAUGUCUGCCCGAAGCCUGCUCUAUAUAUAUUAUGUCAAGACGAGGUGAAGGAGGCAUUGGUGUAUCUAACGCCCUGGGCGCUAACUCGCUGGCGAUCCUGUUUGCCCUGGGUGUGCCGUGGCUCAUCAAGACGCUGACCCUGCUGGCUCAGGGUGCGGAAGUUGCAGCCGUCGAGAUCGCCUCCGAUGGCAUUGACUUCGUCGUCGCCUCUCUUCUUGUAGCCGUCGCCUGUCUGUGGAUCGUCCUAUUCAUAGGAAAAUUCAAACUAAGAAAAAGCAUCGGUUUCAUUCUUGCAGUUCUAUAUUUCGUGUUUAUCACAUUCGCAAUUCUUGUAGAACUUGGAGUUAUUCUUAACAUUGAGCGUAUGACGAGGUGUUUGUUUUAAAGGUUGAUAUUGUUUUUUAGGAAUUCGUUUCUUCGUGACAUUCUGUGAUGCCUAAAUUUAAGUAAAUUUCCAUAGGCCAAACAUAUCCAUGAAAGCCGCUUUUUAUACUUAUAGAUAGUAGGUUAUUAUUUUUAUAAGAUUUUGUACAAAAGUAUAAUUUAUCUUAUUGUGGAAUUUGUACAUAAAUAAUUAAUAUUAUUCAUAAUUUGCUGGUAUUGAUUAUCUCAACCUUUGUAGUUUACGUUUUGUGUUUACUUUUAAUCCUUUAAAUUAAAGUUGGUUUUUAUUAGCUAUUAAAAAUGUCAAGUUGGCUGAUGAAUGAUUUAUAUUAAAUAUUUUUUAAAGAAGCGUAGAAGAAUUAGAUUGUUUAGAUCUGAAAAUUAAGAAAAAUAUACUUAUAAUGGUCUUUACGCUAUUAUUAUACGUUCAGCUGGAGUCAGAAUUAGACAUUUCACGAAAAUAAAAACUACCGUAUUUAGGGUGUAUACAGGAUGCAAAUAGGGUUGCACGCAACGCAAUUCACCAAGACAUGCCCCUAGGCGCUCAGUUCUAAAAUAAGAAAAAAGAGGGUGUUUCAUUUUACCUAAUAAUCCAUCAAAAACAAGAAGUGUGGGUGCGUGAAACGACAGCGCGGGGGAUGUGCGUAGCAAGCGCAUAUUCUGUCCAAACGUUCUGAGACAUGUGCACUAUUUUGAUUAUUAUAUUUUCUAUCUUUUAAAUUAGUAAAUAUUUUGUUGGUUCUAUAUUUUAUAAUGUUAAGCGUGUUCAUUAUUUACUGUUCUUAAAUAUGAAACGCGUUUUACCAGAGACCCUGUAUAUACCCAGCUUGUUUAUAAUAUAGGAUUGCUUCAAUUAAUUUAUUUUUAUAAAUUCUAUGUUAAUAAAGCAAGAGCAAGAGCUAGAGCAAUUUGUUCUCAAGCACUCUAAGAACAGAACAAGUGUUUGAAUUGUGCAGUAAAAAUAGCAAAAAUAUUCUGAUAAGUACUUAUACUAUUAUUACUUAGAGCAAACUGAUUUAAUACAUGCUUUAUAGGUAUUAGAUAAUGUACCUAUAUAAAAAAUUGGGAGCAAUAACAAUAUUUUUCCUUUGAUUUUUGAUGAUUGUAAUAUAUAAAGUAUAAUUUGUAGUAUAUAAUAGUUUUAUUUCAUGUCUGAAUGAUUAGUUGUAUUAAUCGGUCUGUUCUAGAUAAGUUCAUGAUUCAUUAUAAUUCUUUUGCAAAUGUGUCAAUCGAUCAACUGACUGACACAUUAUCUAGGGAAUUCACUUUUAUAUCGAUCAAUGACUGAUAAAGUAAUGAGAAUGUAGUUGAUUGUGUUAUAUUUUAAUUAAUUUAUAAGUACCCUUUCUAUAAACUUAUAAGUAUAAUUAUUUAAGAGAAAAUUUAAAGUGUCUUUGUAUUUUUAAUAUAAACUGUAAAAAUAAUCUUUCUAUUAAAUUAUUUCUAUUUCA